AUGGAGAAGAAAAAUGUUCUAACACCAUACAUCAAGUCGCUUUUCCUACAGCGCCCAAACCUCACCCCGAAUGAUUUAUCUCUUGUUCUUAGAGCGAUCUUCAGAGACAUACCGCUGGACGUUCAGACAGCAGCAUUUCUUACUGCGUUGAGACUCAGAGGCUUGGAUCAUCAGCCUGAAUUCAUUGCUGCUGCUGCCCAAACCAUCUUGGAGUUCUCUGAUAUUAUCCCUCCCGCUCUUGUGGACCCAAAGGGAUAUAUUGAUAUAGUCGGCACUGGAGGUGAUGGUCAAGAUACCUUUAACGUGAGCACUACUGCUGCCAUUGUUGCCGCAGGUAUGGGCCUCAAAGUCUGCAAGCACGGAGGAAAAGCGUCUACGUCCAAGUCGGGUUCGGGCGAUUUGCUCAAGUGUCUUGGCCUUGACUUGUCUGUGGUCAACAAGACCACUACUCCCGAAAUCGUAGCCUCUUCGCCAUUCUGCUUUCUCUUCGCACCAGCAUUUCACCCCGGCAUGGCUAAAGUGGCGGCCAUUAGAGCCCAACUAGGUGUGCCUACCAUUUUCAACAUCCUCGGACCGCUUUUGAACCCAAUUCCAAUUAGAGCCCGUAUUCUCGGUGUCUACUCCGAAGAAUUGGGAGAGUCUUACGCAAAAGCUUCUGCAGAGUUGGCUAAAACCUCUCCGGUGCCUGUAAGAACAAUGGUUGUAUUUGGAGAGGUGGGGCUUGACGAGAUCUCUCCCAUUGGUUCCACCAAAUGUUGGAACAUUUCACCAGAGGGUGAGAUCACUAAGUUUACGAUUAGUCCUAGCGAUUUUAAAUUAGGCCAACAUAGCUUGGAUGCUGUCAGAAGUGGCACUCCACAAGAAAACGCCGAGGUAUUGCUUCAUAUCUUGCACCAAGACCUUCCGUUGUAUGAGGUGAAAAAGAAGGAUCUGCACCCAUUAAUUGACUACAUCCUCAUGAACUCGGCUGCAGUGGCAGUCGUGGCGGGCCUCUGUGAGACAUGGGAGGAGGGUGUCGAACUUGCACGCGAGUCUAUUGUCUCUGGAAACGCGGCACUUGCUCUUGAGACUUUCAAAGGCUCGAUUUCAAAGUUCAUUUCGGACUCUGAUUAA